UUUGAUGAGUUUUGAUAAAUAUACGUAUAGUUAAUUUGAUUUGGGGUGGAGGGCAUUAAGGUCAAUUGGGAUUAUGCAGGUCUAGAGAUUCAGCAGAGGGAUGAUCCUAGUUAGGAAAGAGAACCCCAGGGUUCUUUGGAAACAUACCCAAAUAGGGAUGAGUGGAAACACGAAGCGCCAACCUGAUUGGUCCUGGGGUCUCAAUGCACCAGGAUCUAGGCCUCCGGAUGUCUGGCAACUUCCUGGCACUUGUUGGCCCUCCUGUGGGAGUGAGCUAACUCCUUUUCAUACCAAUCCAGGACUGAGUUUUCCAUCUCCUCUGCCCUGCAACUCUCCUGCCUCAUCCACCCCUCCAGCCCCGCCCACCAGUGGCGGUGGUGGGGCGUUCCAGCCUGCUACAGCGCAGCUUCACCUCUGCCAUUCUCCAGCCUUAGUUAGAAACCGGUUUCGGGUUUGCAGCAGUACUGAGGGCGGGAAAAAGUAAAAGUGCUGUACCAGGUGUUGGCGUCAGGAAUUCCCCUUUGAGUCCGCCUUCCUCUGUCUCCAGGGGCUUUUGGCCUUCGAGGCGUGAAAGCGGAGAUCGCCUGGCAACCAGGCCGUCUCUCCCGCCCCUCUGCGCCUAAAAGCCUCUAGAGAGGUUGCAGGUUCAUCUUCACUUAGAGACGGCAACGCCGAGUUCAGGUUGGCAGGAGGCGGGGGACUAAGACAGGACUGGAGAUUAUACGUGAAGGGUCUGAAUGUGGUUUCAGACUUUCUCCCCGGAACUGGGAGCUCCCUUACCGAAAGCCCCAUGAAGUGCACGCCAAUUCAAAAAAUCGCUGGGUCCGCCUAGACAUCCCGGGGGAAACUGAAGCACCGCCCACGCGGCUAGCAAACCUCAGGAGUGGAGCUGGCUGUGGGUGGAGCCGGGGGUGGGCUCCUGGUGGGAGGCGGGGCCAACCGGGGCUACCGGCUGUGCAAGUCUAGCCCUGCACAGCUAAGGUUGUGGUGGCACUCGACCGUGGCUUGGGUUCUGCUUGCGCUCGACCUCGCGGCCAUGGAGGGACCCCAGGAGUUUCUGAGUGGAAAGUGCCGGCUCAGCUUCAACCCCUCUGCCCGGACCAGUCUCCUGAUGCUCAGGCUCAACGACGCGGCGCUGCGGGCGCUGCAAGAGUGUCAGCGGCAACAGGUUCCACCCGUGAUCGCUUUCCAAGGCAACCGAGGGUAUCUGAGGCUCCCAGGCCCUGGAUGGUCCUGCCUCUUCUCCUUCAUAGUGUCCCAGUGUGGCCAGGAGGGCCCUGGUGGUGGUUUGGACCUUGUGUGCCAACGUUUAGGCAGAUCUGGGCCUAACCGCCUCCACUGCUUGGGCCCACUCAGGGAGCGCCUCACUAUUUGGGCAGCCAUGGAUUCUAUCCCAGCCCCAUCUUCAGUUCAGGGUCACAAUCUGACUGAAGAUGCCAGAGAUCCUGAGGAUUGGCAGAACAUGGGAGACUAUUCUGAAGGAGAUGCUGUUUCGCAGCCACAAAUGACACUAGAAGAGGUUCCAGAUCCACUGGCAAGCAGCCAAGGACAGUUACUCCCAGGAUCCUCAAGGGAACACACGGCUCGGUGGGAAGUGAGGAACCAGAGCCAUCGUCCAAACAGAGUGCCUGAUCAGGCACUGCCUUCCUCUGCUGGCCAGAAACAUCUGGGCAAGAAACGUCCAGCACCUGCAGCCACUAAAGAACUCAAAGAAAAGAGGCUCAGAACUCUGCCUCUAGCUCCAAGUUCUCUACAAGGGCUGCCCAGUCAGGACCUACAAGAGGGAGAAGAUUGGGAGCAAGAAGAUAAACAUGAAGAUAUGGACCCCAAGCUGGAGCAUAGCCCCUCAGUUCAAGCAGACUCUGAAUCCCCAAGCCCUGAAGAGGUACCAGAUUACCUCCUGCAAUAUGGAGCCAUCCACAGUGCAGAGCAGCAACGUGCUUAUGAGCAGGACUUUGAGGCAGAUUAUGCUGAAUACCGCAUCCUGCAUGCUCGAUUUGGGGCUGCAAGCCAAAAAUUCAUAGACCUGGGAGCAGAGAUCAAGAGAGUUCAGCGAGGAACUCCAGAACACAAGGUGCUGGAAGAAAAGAUAGUCCAGGAAUAUAAAAAGUUCAGGAAGCGGUACCCAGGUUACAAGGAAGAAAAGCGUCGCUGUGAGUACCUGCAUCAGAAAUUGUCCCACAUUAAAGGUCUCAUCCUGGAGUUUGAGGAAAAGAACAGGUGCAGCUGAAGCAGUCAGAGGGCUUUUGACCCUCUGCCCCGUGAGAUAUGAAGGAACAAAGCAGCUAUAAACUAAAUAGAGUGCAAUUGUCUGCUCUUCUUACUGCUGAGUCCAUGGUGGCAAGGAGAGCUGCUCUAGGCUAAGGUUUGAUUUUCAUUGUUGCCAUGUUAAUUUUUAGGGGUUGGGCACAGUGCCAACACUCCACAGCUGUGCCCAGCAGACUAGGAAAAGCAGUAGAGGCUUGGCUUCUUCACCUUUAGUUCAGCCAAGUCAUUUUCAAAUCCUGAGAAAUGACACCAUUUCCAGGACAAUAUACCUUGAGGGCAUUAAAAUUUAGCCUAACAGCCUCCCUUAAAGAAACAAUGAGAUCUUUUGGGAACAGAGCUAAAGGAACUUUAAUACACCUGGAUAUAAUGGGAAAGGGCUUGGGUCUUACCCAUGUACUGUAAGUGAAUUCUUUUACAAACAUGGCUAAAAACUUAAAACUGUUUCUGUGUCCUUUGUAAGUUGAUAAUGGUUUCCUUAAACCUUCUAAGGCAGUGGUUCUUACUCCUGGCUAUAUAUCUGAACCACUUCUGGGCUCUAAAAAAUUGGAUCCCCAGAUCCCAGCCCAGGUCUUGUGACUUAGAACCUCCAAGAUCAUGGUUAGGCAUCUUUACUUUUUAAAAGCACUAUGGAUGAUCCUGAUACAUACUGUGCUAUUGUACAAGGCUCUACCAAAUCCAUUUUAUAA